CGAAAGGCCAUUUUCUUUGGAUUUUGAAGGCUACAGAUCACGAAUUCGGCCUGAGGCUAUUCUUCAACGAUGAUCAAGUCCACUAAGCACGGAUUUGGGGGAAUUUAUUCCGGUUCAAUUUUUGGCGGAUUCCAAAGGGGUACCAUCACAGAUUUUGGGCGAUUUUCCCGAAAUGCCAUUUUCUUUCAAUUCGGGAGGCUACAGAUCACGGAUUUAGGCCAAAGCUAUUCUCCAUCGAUAACGAAGUCUAUUGAUCCUAUUCUACGCAGAUGAUAAGUUCAUUAAGCACCGAUUUGGCCCAUUUUAUUUUUGGAUUACAUUUUUCGUAAUUUUUUGGGCGACUAAAGGCCAUUUUCUUUGGAUUUUGAAGGCUAUAGAUGACAGAUUGGGCCAGCGUCUAUUCUUCGACGAUGAUUGAGUCCAUUAAGCACGGAUUUGGGCGAAUUUAUUCCGGGUCAAUUUUAGGCGGAUUCCAAAGGGGUACCAUCACAUAUUUUGGGUGAUUUUCCCGUAAUGGCAUUUUCUUUCGAUUCUGAGGCUACAUAUCAAGGAUUCAGGCCGAGGGUAUUCUCCACCGACAAUGAAGUCUAUUGAUCCUAUUAUCCAUGGACGAUAAGUCCAUUAAGCACCGGUUUGGCUCAAUUUAUUUUCGGAUGGCAUUUUCGUAAUUUUUGGUCGAUGAAAUAUCAUUUUCUUUUGAUUUAGAAGGCUAGAGAUCACGGAUUCGUCCUGAGGCUAUUCUUCACGAUGAUUAAUUCCAUUACACACUUAUUUGGACGGAUUUAUUUCAGGUCAAUUUUUGGCAGAUUCCAAAGGGGUACCAUCAUAGAGUUUGAGCCAUUUUCCCGAAAUGCCUUAUUCUUUCGAUUAUGGAGGCUACAGAUCACUGAUUCAGGCCGAGGCUAUUCUCCCUCGAUAAUAAAGUCUAUUGAUCUUAUUUUCCAUGGAUGAUUACGUCCAUUACGCCCCGAUUUGGGCCAAUUUAUUUUUGGAUGACAUUUUCGUAAUUUUUGGUUGACAAUAGGCCAUUUUCUUUGGAUUCUGAUGGUUAAAGAUCACGGAUUCGACCUGAGGCUAUUCUUCUACGAUGAUUAUGUUCAUUAUGCACGAAAUUGGGCGAAUUUUUUCCGGGUCAAUUUUUGGCAGAGUCCAAAUGGGUACCAUCACAGAUUUUGGGCGAUUUUACCGAUAUGCCUUUUUCUUUCGAUUCUGGAGGGUACAGAUCACGGAUUCAGGAUGAGGCUAUUCUCCACCAAUAAUGAAGUCUAUGGAUCCUAUUCUCCGCAGAUGAUAAGUCCAUUAAGCACCGAUUUGGCCCAAAUUAUUUUCGGAUGACAUUUUCGUAAUUUUUUGGGCGACGAAAGUCCAUUUUCUUUGGAUUUUGAAGGCUACAGAUCACGGAUUCGGCUAGAGGCUAUUCUUCACAAUGAUUGAGUCCAUUAAGUACUGAUUUGGGCGAAUUUAUUCCGGGUCAAUUUUGGGCGAUUUUCCCGUAAUGCCAUUUUCUUUCGAUUCUGGAGGCUACAGAUCACGGAUUCAGGCCGAGGCUAUUAUCCACCGAAAAUGAAGUCUAUUGAUGCUAUUCUCCAUGGAUGAUAAGUCCAUUAAGCACCGAUUUGGGCCAAUUUGUUUUCGUAUGCCAUUUUCGUAUUUUUGGACGACGAAAGGUCAUUUUCCUUGGAUUUUGAGGGCUACAGAUCACGUAUUCAGCCUGAGACUAUUCCUCAACGAUGAUUAUGUCCGUUCAGCACAGAAUUGGGCGGAUUUAUUCCGAGUCCAUUUUUGGCAGAUUCCAAAGGGGUACCAUCACAUAUUUUAUGCGAUUUUCCUGAAAUGCCAUUUCCUUUUGAUUCUGGAGGCUACAGGUCACGGAUUCAGGCCGAGGGUAUUAUCCACCGAUAAUGAAGUCUAUUGAUCUUAUUCUCUGUAGAUAAUAAGUCCAUUAAGCACCGAUUUGGCCCAAUUUAUUUUAGAAUGACAUUUUCGUAAUUUUUUGGGCGACUAAAGGCCAUUUUCUUUGGAUUUUGAAGGCUACAGAUCACAGAUUGGGCCUGAGGCUAUUCUUCAACGAUGAUAUAGUCCAUUAAGCACGGAUUUGGGCGAAAUUAUUCCGGGUCAAUUUUAGGCGGAUUCCAAAGGGGUACCAUCACAGAUUUUGCGCGAUUUUUCCGAAUUGCCAUUUUCUUUUGAUUCUGGAGGUUACAGAUCACAGAUUCGGGCCAAGGCUAUUAUCCGCCGAUAAUGAAGUCUAUUGAUCAUAUUAUUCACGGAUGAUAAGUCCAUUAAGCACCGAUUUGGCCCAAUUUAUUUUCAAAUGACAUUUUCGUUAUUUUAGGCCAACGUAAGGUCAUUUUCUUUGGAUAUUGAAGGCUACAGAUCACGGAUUCGCCCUGAGGCUAUUCUUUAACGAUGAUUAAUUCCAAUACACACUGAUUUGGGCAGAUUUAUUUCUGGUCAAUUUUUGGCAGAUUCUAAAGGGGUACCAUCAUAGAUUUUGAGCGAUUUUCCCGAAAUGCCAUUUUCUUUCGAUUAUGGAGGCUACAGAUCACUGAUUCAAGCCGAGGAUAUUCUCCACCGAUAAUGAAAUCUAUUGAUUCUAUUCUCCAUGGAUGAAUACGUCCAUUAAGCCCCGAUUUGGGCCGAUUUAUUUUUGGAUGACAUUUUCGUAAUUUUUGGUUGACAAUAGGCCAUUUUCUUUGGAUUCUGAUGGUUAAAGAUCACGGAUUCGACCUGAGGCUAUUCUUCUACGAUGAUUACGUUCAUUAAGCACGGAAUUGUGCGAAUUUAUUCCGGAUCAAUUUUUAGCAGGUUCCAAAGGGGUACCACAGAUUUUGGGAGAUUUUCCCAAAAUGCAAUUUUAUUUCAAUUCUGGAGGCUACAGAUCACGGAUUCAGGCCGAGGCUAUUCUCCACCGAUAAUGAAGUCUAUUGAUCCUAUUCUCCGCAGAUGAUAAGUCCAUUAAUUACCGAUUUGAACCAAUUUAUUUUCGGAUGACAUUUUCGUAAUUUUUGGGGCGACGAAAGGCCAUUUUCUUUGGAUUUUGAAGGCUACAAAGCACGGCUUCGGCCUGAGGCUAUUCUUCAACAAAGAUUGAGUCCAUUAAGCACGGAUUUAGGCGAAUUUAUUCCGGGACAAUUUUUGGCGGAAUCCAAAGGGGGGUACCAUCACAUAUUUUGUGUGAUUUUCCCGAAAUGUCAUUUUGUUUCGAUUCUGGAGGCUAGUGAUCACGGUUUCAGGCAGAGGCUAUUCUCCACCGAUAACGAAUUCUAUUGAUCCUAUUCUACGCAGAUGAUAAGUCCAUUAAGCACCGAUUUGGCCCAUUUUAUUUUCGGAUUACAUUUUCGUAAUUUUUUGUGCUACGAAAGGCCAUUUUCUUUGGAUUUUGAAGGCUAGAGAUCACGAACUCGUCCAGAGGCUAUUCUCCACCGAUAACGAAUUCUAUUGAUCCUAUUCUACGCAGAUGAUAAGUCCAUUAAACACCGAUUUGGCCCAUUUUAUAUUCGGAUUACAUUUUCGGAAUUUUUUGUGCGACGAAAGGCCAUUUUCUUUGGAUUUUGAAAGCUACAAAGCACGGAUUCAGCCUGAGGCUAUUCUUAAACAAAGAUUGAGUCCACUAAGCACGGAUUUGGCCGAAUUUAUUCCGGGUCAAUUUUUGGCGGAUUCCAAAGGGGUAUCAUCACAGAUUUUGGGUGGUUUUCCCGAAAUGCCAUUUUGUUUCGAUUCAGGAGGCUAGUGAUCACGGAUUCAGGCAGAGGCUAUACUCCACCGAUAAUUAAGUCUAUUGAUCUUAUUCUCUGCAGGUGACAAGUCCAAUUAGCACUGAUUUGGCCCAAUUAAUUUUCGGAUGACAUUUUUGUAAUUUUUUGGGCGAUGAAAGGCCAUUUUCUUUGGAUUUUGAAGGCUACAGAUCACGGAUUCUGCCUAAGGAUAUUCUUCAAUGAUGAUUACUUCUGUUAAGCACAUAUUUGGGCGAAUUUAUUCCCGGUCAAUUUUUGGCAGAUUCCAAAAGGGUACCAUCACAGAUUUUUGGCGAUUUUCUUGAAAUGCCAUUUUCUUUUGAUUCUGGAGGCUACAGAUCACGGAUUCAGGCUGAGGCUAUUCUCCACCGAUAACGAAUUCUAUUGAUCCUAUUCUACGCAGAUGAUAAGUCCAUUAAGCACCGAUUUGGCCCAUUUUUUUUUCGGAUUACAUUUUCGUAAUAUUUUGUGCUACGAAAUGUCCAUUAAGCACCGAUUCAGAUCACAUUUAUUGUAAUUUUUAGGGCGAUGAAAGUCCAUUUUCUGUGGAUUUUGAAGGCUACAGAUCAUGGAUUCGGCCUGAGGCUAUUCUUCAACGAUGAUCAAGUCCAUUAAGCACGAAUUUGUGCGAAUUUAUUCCGGGUCAAUUUUUGGCGGAUUCCCAAUUGGUACCAUCACAGAUUUCGGGUGAUUUUUCUUAAAUGCCAUUUUCUUUCGAUUCUGGAGCCUACAGAUCACCGAUUAAGGCCAAGGCUAUUCUCCACCGAUAACGAAUUCUAUUGAUCCUAUUCUACGCAGAUGAUAAGUCCAUUAAGCACCGAUUUGGCCCAUUUUAUUUUCGGAUUACAUUUUCGUAAUUUUUUGUGCUACGAAAUGUCAUUUUCUUUGGAUUUUGAAGGCUAGAGAUCACGAACUCGGCCUGAGGCUAUUCUUCAAAGAAGAUGAGUUCAUUAAGCUUGGAUUUGGGUGAAUUUAUUCCGGGUCAAUUUUUGGCGGAUUCCAAAGGGGUACCAUCACAGAUUUUGGACAAUUUUCCCGAAAUGCAAUUUCUUUUGAUUAUGGAGGCUACAGAUCUCGGAUUCAGGAUGAGGCUACUAUCCACCAAUAAUGAAGUCUAUUAAUCAUAGUUUUCGCAGAUGAUAAGUCCAUUAAGCACUAAUUUGGCCCAAUUUAAUUUCGGAUGACAUUUUCGUAAUUUUUUGGGCGACAGGCCAUUUUCUAUGGAUUUUGAAGGCUACAUAUCACGGAUUUGGCCUGAGGCUAUUCUUCAACGAUGAUUGAGUCCAUUAAGUAGUGAUUCGAGCAAAUUUAUUCCGGUUCAAUUUUUGGCGGAUUCCAAACUGGUACCAUCACAUAUUUUUAGCGAUUUUCCUGAAAUGUCAUUUCCUUUCGAUUCUGGAGGCUAUAAUUCACUGAUUCAGGCCGAGGCUAUUCUCCACCGAUAAUGAAUUCUAUUGAUCCUAUUCUCAACGGAUGAUUACGUCCAUUUAGCAGCGAUUUUAUUCAAUUUAUGUUUGGCUGGCAUUUUCGCAAUUUUUGGUUGACAAAAGGAUAUGUUCUUUGCAUUAUGAAGGUUAAAGAUUACGGAUUCGACCCAAGGCUAUUCUUCUACGAUGAUUACGUCCAUUAAGCACCGAUUUAGGCGGAUUUAUUCCGGGACAAUUUUUGGCGGAUUCCGAAGGUGUACCAUCACAGAUUUUGGGCGAUUUUCUCGAAAUGUCAUUUUCUCUCGAUUAUGGAGGCUACAGAUCACGGAUUCAUGCCGAGGCUAUUCUCCACCGAAAAUGAAAUCUAUUGAUCCCAUUCCCCAUGGAUGACAAGUCCAUUAAGCACCGAUGUGGGCCAAUUUAUUUUCGUAUGCCAUUUUCAUAAUUUUUGAGCGACAAAAGGUCAUAUUCUUUGGAUUUU